AUGGAUUUAACUCCAGCUAGUACCUCUGCUCCCUCUGAGGACACCAUUCCAAUUAAUAACCCAGCAGACAUCUCCGUGAUUGUGAUCUAUUUUGUAGUGGUGCUGGCUGUAGGAAUAUGGGCUAUGGUAAGGACAAGUCGUGGCACUGUAGGAGGUUUCUUCCUGGCUGGGCGCAGCAUGGUGUGGUGGCCAAUUGGAGCAUCCCUCUUUGCCAGUAACAUCGGAAGUGGGCACUUUGUUGGUCUGGCAGGUACCGCAGCUGCUGGUGGGAUUGUAAUCGGAGGCUUUGAAUGGAAUGCACUGAUUGUAGUGGUAUUUCUUGGCUGGAUAUUUGUUCCUAUCUAUGUAAAGGCUGGGGUGGUAACGAUGCCAGAGUACCUGAGGAAACGUUUUGGUGGAAAUCGGAUACGGGUCUACCUCUCUGUACUUUCACUGCUGCUCUAUGUGUUCACCAAGAUCUCUGCAGAUAUGUUUUCAGGAGGCAUUUUUAUCCAACAAGCCAUGAAAAUCAAUAUCUACAUAGCCAUUGUAAUGCUCCUACUUAUCACUGCUUUGUACACUGUGACAGGUGGUUUGGCAGCUGUCAUCUACACAGAUACUCUACAGACUAUCAUUAUGCUUGUAGGAUCCUUCAUCCUUAUGGGGUUUGCAUUCAAUAAAGUUGGCGGAUAUGAAAAUUUUAUGAUUAAAUACAUGGAGGCCAUUCCUACGGAGGUUAAUAAUAAUGGCACACCAGUUGAUCCAAAAUGCUACACUCCACGAGAAGAUGCCUUCCAUCUUUUCCGGGAUCCCAUCAAAGGAGAUAUGCCAUGGCCAGGUCUUGUGUUCGGCUUGACCAUCCUAGCUCUGUGGUACUGGUGUACAGAUCAGGUGAUAGUACAGCGAUGUCUCUCUGCCAAAAACAUGUCACAUGUGAAGGCUGGCUGUGUGCUGUGUGGAUAUCUUAAACUUUUACCCAUGUUCCUGAUGGUAUUCCCAGGAAUGAUAAGCCGCAUUCUGUAUACAAAUGAAAUAGCUUGUGUGGUGCCAGAGAAGUGUAAACAAUAUUGUGAUACUGAAGUUGGAUGUACAAAUAUCGCUUAUCCUAAGUUGGUGAUUGAUUUGAUGCCAGAUGGUCUUCGAGGUUUGAUGUUGUCUGUAAUGUUGGCAUCUCUCAUGAGCUCCCUCACAUCCAUCUUUAAUAGUGCGAGCACCUUGUUUACUAUGGACAUUUAUACCAAGAUCCGCAAGCAUGCAUCAGAGAAGGAGCUGAUGAUAGCAGGAAGAGUCUUUAUGCUGGUCCUGAUUGGAGUGAGCAUUGCCUGGAUCCCUAUUCUGCAGUCUGCACAGAGUGGACAGUUGUUUGAUUACAUACAGUCUGUGACUAGCUACUUGGGACCUCCUAUCGCAUCCGUCUUCUUCCUGGCUAUCUUUGUCAAGAGAGUUAAUGAACAGGGAGCUUUCUGGGGACUAAUUAUUGGCUUGUUAAUUGGUCUGUCGCGGAUGAUUGCAGAAUUUGCUUAUGGUACCGGAACCUGUCAGAAACCCAGUAAUUGUCCGACGAUCAUCUGUGGGGUGCAUUACCUGUAUUUUGCUAUUAUUCUCUUUACUGCAACCAGCAUCAUCGUUCUGGACCAUAUCACUAAUGACCAAGCCAAUCCCAGACAAAUAUCUUUACCGCUUGUGCUGGUCUCUGAGGAACAGCAAAGAGGAAAGAGAAGAUCUUGA